ACCUAGUGAAGGCUCAUGUGCAUACUGGGAAAUACAAGUGACUUGAAUUAUUCCAUAGUGUGUCAAACAAACCUUUGGUUGUAUCCUGAUGUGUUGCAGCAUUCCAGGGGUAGAUAUUGUACCACUUGGGUCAUGGCAGAAUGCUCCAAAAGAUGCCAUUAUUCUUGGCCUGAAGGACUUGCCGCUAGCACACACACCAAUAGUACACCAACAUGUUUUCUUUGCUCAUGCAUAUAAGCAUCAGAUAGGUGCUGAACAGCUUUUGCAGAGAUUUCACAAGGGAGGUGGAUGUAUAUUGGACAUAGAGUUCAUGACAGAUGAAAAAGGAUGUAGAUCUGUUGCUGUGUUUAGCCCUGUUGCUGGGGCAACUGGUAUGGCCUUGGGUGUGGCAGCCUGGUGCUAUCAACAUUUAGGACGUGCUAUGCCAGGAAUCAAGCCCUUUGAGAGUGAGAAAGAGAUGGUUGAAGAAGUCAUGCCUCUCCUUAAAGAAGUUUCUAAUAAAAAAGGAGUUUCAGAGAUUUACCCAACGGUGUUGGUGAUGGGUGCAUUAGGGCGAUGUGGACAUGGAGCUUUAGACAUUGCUAGGAAACUAGGAAUACCAGAGUCUAACCAAAUAAAGUGGGAUCUAGAGGAGACUAAGGGUGGAGGUCCCUUUCCACAAAUACUCAAGUAUGAUAUAUUUGUCAACUGUAUUCUACUGUCUAAGAAAAUCCCUCCAUUUUUAACACGAGAGAUGCUGGACACAGAUGAAAGGAAUCUCUCCCUUGUUGUUGAUGUAAGCUGUGACGUCAAUAACCCUGACAAUCCACUGCCAUUUUACGACUCUGCCACCACACCCCAGAAUCCUGUGCGAGCUGUUGAUUUAAGUAAAUCAAGCAAGACCCUUGAAAUUCUGUCUAUUGAUUUCCUGCCUUCCUUGCUGCCACGAGAAAGCAGCAUACGAUUUGCUGACAAGAUGACGCCAUACUUGAAGAGACUAACUAAGGAUGAUCCCGACCCAGUGUGGAUACGAACCAAGAAAGUAUUUGAACAAAAAGUACAAGAACUGUGCAGUUGACAGCGAGGAUGACAAUUCAAUCAAUGUUUUUUAACGAGUUUAAUUCAUAAUCUACUCAGUCACUUUUAAAAAUAAUGAUGCAUAAUUUAAAAAUUAUUCCUAUAUAUUAUUUUUUAUCAGUCCUUACGAAGAACGGAUUGUUAUAACGAGCAUUUUAUAAAUCAAUUUAUAAUAAAGCUUUUUUCAUAGGAAACUUUAUACUAGCCUUAGUGCAUUUCAAUCAGGAAUAGUCAUUUAAAUUUUGUUUUUUCCUUCGAGAGAAUUUUAGUCCAAAUGCAUUUUGUACCAAUGCUUUCAAUAUUAAAGACACUCUAAAUAAAUAUCAUAAUAAAUAGUCUUAAAACUAAGUCGUCCUCGCUAGUUUUGAAGAAAUAGAAAACGCGCGUGCGAGUGGUGUACAUUUAUGAAGCACGCGGCAAUCUGAGCAGAACACGGGAGAAGUGUUAGGAAAAGCACCACACGUAGCGGAGUGCUUCUUGAAUGAGUUUUGCUAAUCCAAAAGUGCUUUAUAACUGCACACAGCGAGCAAAUUCCAUUUUAUUUCUCUUAGAAAAUAGAAAUUAUGAACAAAACCGUUAUAUUGUAGUGACGCAAAAGAAAGUGUGCACGUGUGCUGUGUGUUCUCAUAAUGCACGCAACAUUUAAAAUAUAGGAGUAGCAUGACGCGCGCAUGCCGACAUUUAACCAAAACGCAGUUUCCAUGCUAAGCUUGCUUUAUUUUGUCUACAAUAAAUAAUGGUAAAGAAUUUACUUGUAAAGUUUUUUUCAGGAUACCAAGAUUUUCCUAGACGAAUGUCUCUUUUGAAGGAUGAGACAAAAGAUUUCAUAUUUCCGAAAAUUGCCACAAAAAUCGCAGUAAAAAUCGCCGCAAAAAUCGCCAGUGUAAACGGGGCUUUAGAAAAGUACCGGUGAAAAUGAGGUUAUCCAAAUAUCAAUGACUUAUCUGACAAUACCCAUGUUUACAUUUAAAUGGUGAGACGAAACUUUGAUCAUUAAACCUUGAUAAUGGA